GCCAAGUAUGUGGCUGAAAGAGGAGGGAAACGGGUGAUUCGUAAGGUGUUGAUCGCGAACAACGGUAUGGCGGCGACGAAGAGCAUUCUCUCGAUGCGGCGUUGGGCGUUUAACACGUUCGGGGAUGAAAACGCAAUUCAAUUCUUGGCCAUGGCGACCCCGGAGGACAUCGCGGCGAACGCCGAGUUUAUCCGUUUCGCGGAUGACUACGUCGAAGUUCCGGGUGGUUCGAACAAGAACAACUACGCCAACGUGCCUUUGAUCACAGAAAUCGCCAAGCGCGAAGGCGUCGACGCGGUUUGGCCGGGAUGGGGUCACGCUUCCGAGAAUCCAAAGCUCCCGACUUCGCUCAAGGCGAUCGGCGUGCAAUUCAUCGGCCCGACUGCGCCGGUGAUGAGCGUGCUAGGCGAUAAGAUUGCGGCCAAUAUUUUGGCGCAAACCGCCAAGGUUCCGUCUAUUCCGUGGUCUGGCGACGGUCUCGUCGCAGAGUUGACGGAGGAGGGCACGAUUCCGGAAGAAAUUUUCAACAAGGCGAUGGUCACGACGGUCGAGGAGUGCGUCGCGGCGGCGAAACGCAUCGGUUUCCCGGUCAUGUUGAAAGCGUCUGAAGGUGGUGGUGGUAAGGGUAUUCGUAUGAGCGCGGAUGAAGAGCAGCUUCGAACAAACUUUGAGCAAGUCAAGGCUGAAGUCCCGGGCUCGCCGAUGUUCAUGAUGCAGCUUUGUACGCAGGCGCGUCACUUGGAAGUGCAAAUUGUCGGUGACGAGUACGGUAAUGCCAUUGCCUUGAACGGUCGUGAUUGCUCCACGCAGCGUCGAUUCCAGAAGAUCUUUGAGGAAGGUCCUCCGACGAUUGCCAAGCCGGAAAUUUUCAGAGAAAUGGAAAAGGCAGCGCAGCGUUUGACAAAGAAUAUUGGUUACAUUGGUGCUGGUACGGUUGAGUACUUGUACAACGCAGCGACAGACAAGUACUUCUUCCUUGAACUCAACCCGCGUUUGCAAGUCGAGCACCCGGUGACGGAAGGCAUCACUGGUGUCAACCUUCCCGCGACGCAGUUGCAAGUUGCCAUGGGUAUUCCGCUCGAGCGCAUCCCGGAAAUUCGAACCUUUUACGGGCGUGACACGGAAACGACGGACAGUAUUGACUUCAUGGAAGAAGAUUACAUCUUGCCGCAAACUCACGUCAUCGCAGCGCGCAUCACCGCCGAGAACCCGGAUGAAGGUUUCAAGCCGACGUCUGGUGGCAUCGAGCGCGUGCAGUUCCAGUCUACGCCCAACGUGUGGGGUUACUUCUCUGUCGGCACCAAUGGGGGCGUACACGAGUUUGCGGAUUCCCAGUUCGGUCACAUCUUUGCAUCUGGCAAAACCCGUAACGAAGCGCGCAAGGCGCUCGUGCUCGCUCUCAAGGGCAUGGUCGUGCGCGGUGAAAUCCGCACCGCCGUCGAGUACUUGGUUCAGCUUCUCGAAACGGGUGAGUUCAAGGAUAAUACCAUCGACACCUCUUGGUUGGACGGGUUGAUCGCGAAGAAGGAAAUCGCCAACAAGCAAGACCCGCACAUGAUUGUGGUCGGUGCUGCUUUGUUCCGUGCUUUCAACAUGGCGAAGGCUGAAGAGAGCGCCUUUACGGAGUUCUGGCAAAAGGGCCAGGUGUCUGUGCAAGGUGUCGACAAGAUGAUUCGCUUUCCGGUCGAAAUCACGUACCAGGACACGAAGUACUCUUUCGAAGUGACUCGACCGGGCCCGGAUACUUUCUGCAUUGUCACUCCGGAAGGCCAGAAGAUCGAAGCCAAGCUUCGCGAGCGUCCGGAUGGCGCCCUCGUCGGUACUUUCGGUGGUGAACAACACGAGGUCGAGGGUCUCGAGGAACCGCUUGGCUUGAGAAUGAUUCUUGACGGUCAAACUUGGCUACUGCCGAACGUUUUCGACCCAUCUGAGCUUCGCACCGACGUCACUGGUAAGCUCAUUCGCUUCCUCCAAGACGACGGUGCUGAAGUCGUGGCUGGGAAGCCGUUCGCCGAAGUCGAAGCGAUGAAGAUGGUUAUGCCCCUCAUCGCCACUGAAAGCGGCAAUGUGUCUCACGCCAAGUCUGCUGGCGCCGUUAUCGAAGCCGGUGACUUGCUUGCGUCGCUUGAGUUGAAGGAUCCGAGCAAGGUAAAGAAGAUCAGCACUUUCUCUGGUGCGCUUCGCAUCCCCGCCGAUGAGUCUACUCCGGCGGGUCCGGAGGAAGCUCUCGAAGCUGCUGUGGCGCGAGUAAACUUACUCUUAGACGGUUAUGAGCUCGAUGCGGAUGAAUGUGUUUCUGACUUGUUCAACUGCCUCACUGCUCUUCCGGCAGAUCAAGGCCGAUGGGAACGAGCGACGACUGUGCUCGAGCAAAUCAUUCAACGUUACCUCAGCGUCGAAAGCGUGUUUGAAGGCAAGCCGAUGGAUGCUGUCAUGCAACAAUUGAUUCGCUCGAACAGUAGCAACUUGACCCCGGUGUUGAAUCAGGUUCGUGCGCAUAUGCGAUCCAAGCAGCGUCAAGAUCUCAUCUUGUCGCUAUUGAAGCAAGCGCCGACUUUGCCGCAGCGAGUUCUUUCUCGAGGUCCGAUUUCAUGGGCGGACGAUCACGCCCCGAUCUCCGACUCUCUACGUGGAAACAUCGAAGCUCUCUCUAAGCUUCGCGGCAACGAAUACGGCGAUAUCGCUGUCGUCGCGUCCAACAUUCUCAUCGAGCGUCGCUUGCCGUCUAUUGACAAGCGCUUGGAAGAAUUGAAGAAGAUUCUCAUCGGCUCGCAACCGUUGUCGCGCACCUGGGGCAAGGCAAGCGCGGGUGGUCUUCAGUCUUUGGUUGAGUCGCCGACUCUCGCCGUUGAUUUGUUGCCUGCGCUCUUCGCGGACAAGGAUGAAAAGGUGCAGAAUGCUGCCCUUGAAGUGUACGCCAAGCGUGUUUUCCGUGCGCACAACGUGCUCAGCACCGCGGUGUCGCGCGAUGAUGGCAUGACUUCCAUCAGCUGGCAGUUCAAGUUCAAUACUUUCCCGGAUGAGAGCCCGCUCCGAUGCGGUCUUUUGGCGCGCGUGGACAAUGUUGCGGAAGCCAAGUCGCGUUUCACCGCAAUCUUGGACCGACUUGAUGCCACCAUCAAGGCGGCCGGCGCUUCGAACGACCAAAUGCACGUUCUUCACGUGGCAAUUUGCCAACAAAGCGCCGACGAUUCGUUGCCGGGUGAUCUCGAGGCCUUCAUCGCGACGCAAAAGCCGCGUCUUGAAUCGAUGGGCAUUAAGUUCGUGAACGUUCUCGCGUAUGCGAACCUCGAGCUUCCGUCGUACUACACGUUCCACUCUUCCAAGGAUUUCAAGGAAGACUUACUGUACCGCGGUGAACGACCCACUGUCGCUCACCUUCUCGAACUCGCUCGUCUCGAGAACUAUGGCUUGACUCGUCUCCCGACUGUGAACCGUGAUCUUCACAUGUACGUCGGUGAGUCUUCGGUCGGUGCUCGGCGCGGUCCAGCAAAGCACUUGUUGUUGCGCCGUCUCUCUCAUUCCAAGGAUGUCAUGGAAGGCGGAUUGGAGCGUGUUCUUGACAAGGCCGUCGAGGCGUUGUCUCUGUCUCUGAUGGACAGCCGAGCCAAGGGUGCUUCGUCGUCCAGAAUUUACGUCAACUUCUUGCCGCAUCUCGAAGAACAAAACUUCUCCGUUGCUAUCUCUUCUCUGAAGAAUAAGCUCGCCGACUUCAUCAGCCGCGAGUCUGCGUCUUUGCUCGCGCGACGAGUGGAUGAAAUUGAGAUCCGCGUCCGCGUCGGCAAGGAGAAGGUGCCGCUUCGUCUCAUGGCCACCUCCAUGUCUGGUCAGUGGUUGAAGGUUGAUAUGUACAAGGAGUAUUUGGAGCCGACGACUGGCAAGGCCGAACAGUUCUGCAUGCUCGGCCCGAACGGUGAAGAACAAGCGUGCUUCCUUGAGCCGUAUCCGCAACCGGGUGCUCUGCAACAAAAGCGCGCCGUGGCUCGUGCGAUCGGCACGACUUACAUUUUCGACUUCCUCGGUCUUUUCGAAAAGGCCUUGGUUCUUGACUGGCGUGCUCACGUCGCCGAUGUCGGUGGUACGAUGCCAAGUGAAUUCUUCAGUGCUUCCGAACUCGUCCUGGGCGAAGAUGGAGUGCUCACGAAGGAACAACGCCCGGCGGGAUCGAACAACGUCGGCAUGGUUGGCUGGCAUUGCUUUAUGAAAACGCCCGAGUACCCCCAAGGCCGAGAAAUCGUCAUCGUCGGUAAUGAUUGCACCUACAUGUCUGGUUCUUUCGGUGUCAAGGAAGACGAUGUCUACGACGCCGUUUCCAAGUAUGCGCGCAACUUGGGCUUGCCGCGAGUGUACAUCGCGUCUAACUCUGGCGCGCGCAUCGGUCUCGUCGAGGAACUCAAGCCGUACUUCAAGAUCGCGUGGAUUGACGAUUCCAAUCCAGGCAUGGGUUUCAAGUACCUCUACCUCACUCCGGACGAUUAUAAGGUGUUCCCGGAAGGUACCGUCGCGGCGGAAGAGAUCGUAGAGGGUGGCGAAACGCGCAUGAAGCUUACCGACAUCAUCGGUCAAAUCCAUGGCAUCGGUGUCGAAAACUUGCGAGGCUCCGGUAUGAUUGCCGGCGAGCAAUCCGCCGCGUACGCCGACGCUUUCACGUUGUCUUACGUCACCGGUCGAUCUGUCGGUAUCGGUGCCUACCUGUGCCGCUUGGGCCAGCGUAACAUUCAAAUGACGAAUGGUCCGCUCAUCCUCACCGGUUACUUGGCGUUGAACAAGCUGCUCGGCCGUGAAGUUUACACGAGCCAAGAUCAGCUCGGCGGCCCGCAAGUCAUGAUGCCGAAUGGUGUGUCUCACUUGCAAGUGUCUGACGACCAAGAGGGCGUUCGGUCCAUCUUGAAGUGGUUGUCGUACACUCCGGCCACGUCCAAGUCGCAAGCGCCUGCGCUUCGCACGUCUGAUCCGGUCGAUCGCGACAUUGAAUUCAUGCCGACGAAGACGCCGUACGAUCCUCGCAACAUGCUUGCGGGUGUGCAGUCGAAUGGUGCUUUUGCUAAGGGUUUCUUCGAUGUGAACUCGUGGACUGAGACGUUGCCCGAUUGGGGUAAGUCCGUUGUCACCGGUCGAGCGCGUCUUGGUGGUAUUCCGUGCGGUGUCAUUGCCGUCGAAACUCGCUUGAUGGAGCAACGCAUCCCCGCCGACCCCGCCAACCCGGAAUCGCGUGAAGCGGUUUUGGCUCAAGCUGGUCAAGUGUGGUUCCCUGACAGCGCUCACAAGACUGCGACUGCUAUCAGAGAUUUCAACAACGCCGAAAACUUGCCUCUCUUCAUCUUUGCCAACUGGCGUGGUUUCAGCGGCGGUACCCGGGACAUGUACGGAGAGAUCUUGAAGUUCGGUGCGAUGAUUGUCGAUGAACUUCGAGUGUACCGCCAUCCGGUGUUCGUCUACAUUCCGCCGAACGGUGAGCUUCGGGGUGGUGCUUGGGUCGUCGUCGACCCGACCAUCAACGAAGCGAGAAUGGAGAUGUACGCGGAUAAGGAAUCUCGAGGUGGUAUCCUCGAACCGCCAGGUAUCUGCGAAGUCAAGUUCCGCUCCAAGGAUCAGAUCGCCGCGAUGCACCGGUUGGACCCGAUCCUUGCCAACUUGGCUGAGGAUCCGGAGAAGAACAAGGAUGAGAUCAAGAAGCGGGAAGCGAACCUCUUGCCGAUGUACACGCAAGUCGCGCACGAGUUCGCCGAUCUCCACGAUCGCAGUGGUCGCAUGAAGGCCAAGGGAGUCAUUCGAGAUGUCGUCGAGUGGCAAAACGCUCGCCGCUAUUUCCACGGUAGGCUCACGCGCAGACUUGCCGUGGACGCGUUAGCAAGUAGGAUCAAGGAGCAGCUUGGCGACGUUGAGCUCGACAAGUCAAUCGAAGCUCUCGUCGAAGAUGCCAUCGCUGCUUCGGGGGUCAACGCCAACGACGACCGUGCGGUCGCUGCGUUGCUUGAAAACAGCUCUGAUAAGGUGAUGGCGGAUGUCAUGGUCAAGGGACGCGCCGCGCAAGUCGCCCAAUUCGUGAGCGAACUCAAGGGCCUCGAUGCGGAGGCCUUGAGCGCUAUCCUCGCGCAAAUGUAGGUUAACCUAGAAAC